GGGAGGAGAGGGAGGAGCAGAGGGAAAGUAGGCUCUCAGUCUGUUCGCUCUCAGGAGGAAUCAGCAGCAGCAGGACAAUGGGCUGUCUUCUGUACGGAUCUUAACAGGCACUGAGCUGCUUACAACACACUGGAACAUAAGGAAGUGAAUGACCAACAGCCCCAGGAUGCUGCUGUCCCUGCUGUCCUGCUUUUUACGAGGGGGUUAUUGAUUUGCCAAACAUGAUGAAGACUGAGCCCCAAGCAGCCACAGGCGGCAAUGGAGCCUCCAGUGGGAACAGUGGCGGAAGUUCUAACCUGCGGAGUCCUUCACCCCACCGCAAUGCUUAUGAGGCGGGACUGGCGGCACUGAAGAAGGCCACUGACCACCUCAAUAAUGCUGCCAAUGGAGGUUCUGACCCUUCCUCAAAGCCUGCCCUUAUGCCCCGUCCAACUGGGAGGGGCCGGAUGUAUGGAUCAAAUGUUCACCGUAUCAAAAACAUGUUCAUGCAAAUGCAGUCGCCCGGGGAUGAAGAGGACGGCACCAAAGUGAUCGGAAAGGACCAGGAGAUAAAGCUGUCCCUACCGAGGGCGUCCAGUCUCAAUGAGAACGUUGAUCACAGUGCCCUGCUCAAACUUGGGGCCACAGUCUCAGAGAGGGUCAACCGCUUUGACCCUAAAGCAGGAGCGGAUAGUGGAUGCUCCUCUGGGGGAUUUUCCAAGCUUCAAGAGACCAGAAGGAUCUUUGAACAAAGGACUUUGCAGGAGAAGCAAGCAGCCACUAACCGGAUCCUACUGAAAAAGGAGCGGGCGUCUGGCUUUCAGGACAGCCGUCUGGAUGUUGUGGCUCGCUUCAAUGGCUCAACAGAGGCUUUGGACCGACUGGACGACCCCCCUGCUCCGGCACCUCCUCCUCUUCCUGCUGCUGUUCCCCCAGCUGGAGCUGCGGUCGGCCCCGGAGACGCCGUCAGUCCAACUGUGCUCCAGCUUAGCGCUGUGUUUGAAAAGGGCCAACCGCAAAACAAACUCUACCUCCAAAAACGUCGGUCGGGUCCUGCUCUCGCACCAAAGCCCAAACCUCCAGCUCGAGCAGAAAAUGUUGGAAAGAAGGGAAAGGUGCCUUCCAGUAAGGAGGACCGUAAGGAGGCGGCUAAGGCCCAUGCAGCAGACCUUCCAGAAACUGCGAGUUCAGAAGGAGAGGCUGCCAGUGAGGAGAAGGAGAGGUUAGGACAGUCAGGAGAACAACUCUCUGAAUCCUCCCUCUCAUCAUCAUCAUCCUAUUUGUCUUCGGAGGUCAAACCUGAGUCAGAGGCCCAGCUAACAGGGACUGAAGCCAGGGGCUCAAGUACGUCAGCUGCCCCUGAGCAGGGGCCUCAGGUUGAUGAGCAGGACGGCCCUAACGCAGGGUCCGAGGCUGGAUCCAGGCUCGUGCAGGCCGAGGUUCAUGCUCCACUGGAAAAUGGAGAAAAAGAACCUCCACAUUCCUCCAGCUCCUCCGAUGAGAAAGAAGCAGACUCUGAGAGGAGGGGUGAGGAAGAUGAGGAGGAGGAGGAGGAGGAGGAGGAGGAGGACAACGAUGACGAUGGCUCAAGGAAGGACGAUUAUUCGGAGGGCGAUCUGGUAGAUAUCAGUGCCUACAGCGGGCUUGGGGAGGAGGACUCUGGGGGCAGCCAGCUCGAUGACGAGGAAGACGAGGAAGAUGAGGAUGAGGUGUAUCAGCCUGAGAGCAGCUGCUCUGAGAUGGCAGGCUUGCCUGAGGAAGAGGAGCCCCCACCACCCAAUAGAAAGAUUCAAUUUAGCACUGGGCCCAUCAAGGUCUUCACCACCUACUCCAACGAAGACUACGACCGGCGUAACGAUGACAUCGACCCCAUGGCGGCGUCAGCGGAGUACGAGCUGGAGAAAAGAGUGGAGAAACUUGACCUAUUUCCUGUAGAGCUGGAGAAAGACAGUGACGGUCUGGGUAUCAGUAUCAUAGGUAUGGGUGCAGGAGCUGACAUGGGCCUGGAGAAACUGGGGAUCUUUGUGAAGACAGUCACAGAUGGUGGAGCUGCACAGAGAGAUACCAGAAUCCAGGUGAAUGAUCUGAUCGUGGAGGUUGAUGGGACCAGUCUGGUGGGCGUCACUCAGAGCUUUGCUGCCUCGGUCCUCCGCAACACCUCUGGCACUGUCAGGUUUGUGAUUGGUCGGGAGAAGCCAGGGGAGCAGAGUGAAGUGGCUCAGCUGAUCCAGCAGACCCUGGAACAGGAGAGAUGGCAGAGAGAGAUGAUGGAGCAGAGAUACAAACAGUACAUGGACGAAGAUGAAGAGACAGGGGAAUAUGCAACGGAUGAGGAAGAGGAGAUGAGUCCAGUAUUCCCGAACUCCAUUGAGGUUUUCGACCUGGCUGAAAACCAGGACAUGUUGUCUCCCGUGGAGCUAGACCCUGAGAAGCUAACCCAUAAAUUCAAGGAGCUCCAGAUCAAACAUGCAGUGACCCAGGCGGAGAUCCAGCUCCUAAAACGGAAGCUGGCUCAUGCGGAGCAGGACAGGUUGCGUUGGCGGAUGGAGCGUGCUCAGUUGGAGCAAAGUAUCCGGGACAGUAAAGAGAGGAUGGAGAAACUGGAGGGCUACUGGAUGGAAGCACAGUCUCUGUGCAAGGCAGUGGAUGAACACCUGAAGGAAACCCAGGCCCAGUACCAAACCUUAGAGAGGAAAUACAGCAAAGCCAAGAGACUAAUUAAAGAGUACCAGCAGAAGGAGAUUGAGUAUCUGAAGAAGGAGACUGCUCAGCGUCGAGCACAAGAAGAAAGUGAGGUGACACACAAAGAGGAGGCAGACAACCUGCAGGAAAAGAUUACAGACUUGGAGACCAAAGUGGAUGCCCUCAAGACCUCCAAACCCUCCUAGACUGCUGCUUAUUCCUACCUCCCGUCUUCGACUGGAAAGGAGGAGCUCUGCCUUCAUUGUGACCUGGGCUGUAUUUUAUUCCAAUCAACCAUUUUGCUGCACAGACAGGUUGGAACAAAGUUAUGAACAAGGAUGAAAAAGAGGAAAGAGGGCAACAUAUAGAUAAAGAUAAAGAAGCAACCUCCCAUCUGGCAUCUGCCAGCGGCUUACAGCUCCGUCAUUCAAUAACCAAUCCCAGAAUGCUUCUUCCGUGAAACCCAGAAUCCUCGUUUUGUGUCUUCCUGGCAACUGGCUUGGCAAUCAACACAGAAACUACAUCCAACAACCUGUGCUUUAUAUGUUGAUGAUCUCUUCUGGCUUCUCAUCUCUCUUUAAUAACAGUAUGAUUGAUUUAAAGAAAGCGCUUUUUUAAUAACAGGCUUGUCACAAAGUGCUUUAUAGAGUAACAAAGGGGUAUAAAUGCAGAAAAACAGAGCAAACAAGAAAGGACAAAAGUCAUGUGCUUGACUCAUUCGAACCAAGUGAUUGCUGAACCAUUCCUUUUCUUGAUUUGGACUGGACUGGAUUCUCAUAAACAGGAUUAACGUGUGUACAUUCUGUCAUACAGCAUUGAUCAUUCGAAUCAAAAACUGAUAGGAGAAUGGCCACCCCAUUUUUCAACUCCAAACUCAACUCAGAUUCUGAGGUUGAGCCCAACACAAAAAACAAACUUGGAAAAGGAAAUAGCCACCACCUGAUGAUAGUUUAGUAAUAAAACUAUGAAACAAGAUGGACCACUAAUUUCUGAUCAGUGACACAAACUGUGAAAAAAAAAACAGAACGCCCACCCCAGCCUUUGGUUUGUUUUUUCCAGCCCAACAGCCUAACUCUCUGCAAGCGAUGGAAGGAAUCCUGCAGAAGCGUGCAUUUCAGGAAUGAACUGUAGUGGCAUAUUGUUUGUAUAUAUUCUAUACAUGUAUUUAAAUGUGUUAAUAUGGCUUAAACAAUUAAGUGGGUCAGUUAUCCGAACGUAAGGCAGUCCAAUGAUUGAAGGUGUUGUCCUGCUGUAGAGGGGUGACCUGAUUUGGUAGUCCUGAUUCAUCUCUUCUAGAAUUAUCAAUGGCAAACAGGGUGUGAAUAGUCCAAUAUGUGCUCACAGAGCUUCAAAUUGUUGAUAUUUGUUGGUGUUUUAAGUGUAUGUGUGGGUUUACAUGCACUCAGGAUAGUUAUGUACUAUAUUUUUGUGUUUGGUUUGGGGCACUCAGCAAUCUACCCAUAUCCUGGGUUAAAAAAAAAUCUAAAUUUGGAUACACUGGCUCCUGAGGCUUUUAGUGUUCAGCUUCCAAUUGCACUCACUGCAUUGUUUCAUGACCUGAGGCUAAAUCAGAACAUCAGUUCCUAUAUUCACAUAAAGCUGGUAUGUAAAGAGGCACACUUUUUUUUACUGCAAGUUCAAAUAUUUCCGAGGCAUAACUCUUUGAGGUAAACACAAAUAGUUGAAGCCAAAGUGACAAAAAUCCUGUCAGUUACUAGGUUUCUGAGGCAGAUAUUGACAUCAUAUAGAGACAUUUCCUGCAGAUUUUGCUCUUGUUCAGAUACUGCAUACUACAUACUGAAUUUUGGUCAAAUCAGUACGUACUGCUAGUAUAGUAGGCGGUCUGACAACAGCCAUAGUUUUAGCCAGUAUUUAGCCAGCGGGUAGCCAUCUUUUUUUUUUUUAAGUCUAUUCAUUAUUUUUCUAUUUCUUAUACAAGUAGAGCCUAUGUUUUUGAGAGCAACUAAAUUGUUUUAGCAUAGCUGGGAUUAUUUGAACCCAAAUCUGACGAACUGAUUUAUAGAAGCACCUUGAAUGUCCUAACAGAUUAUUUUGUAUAUCAAAAUAUGUCACUGCUACAAGUGAAGAGAUAUUUUAGUUCACUAUGAAGUAUUCAGUAAAGGUCAAACUUUACAAUUGCAUAAGAAUUUAAAACAUGUCAUGGCCUUUCUUUCCUGGAAAUUCAUUAAUCAGGCUAUAUCAAGCAAGCUAGCUAUUAAGCUAAUGUUAGCUUAGUCAUGAAGGUUAGCUUGUUGGAGCUUCUGUAGUUUUCUAGCAUUCCUCGUGUGCUUAUUUAGCUUGCAGACUUUCUUAAAGUGUUAAAUACUCUUAUCACAAACAAAAAAUAAAAGUCAGACCAUGCAAGUUGUAAUUUCUUAGUGAUAUUUUGAUCUGUAGUUUUCUUUUCUCCUUUGCUAAUGAAGCAUUGUUAUGCUAAUGUGGCAGGACAGUUUUGCCUCUGAGAAAUGUUUGUGAAACUUGGCCUGCAUACAAAUAUCAGCAACAGUAUUAUUCAGUAAACUUUGUGCAUGUAAACAAACCCCACAUUCCUUGCUUGAAGAGAAAGUAGAAGGUCCAAGUGCCAGUAUUGUGACUUCAGAGAAUGGACUUAAGUUUGUGAUACAUGUCUGAAAAAGACCAAAUUCUGGACAUAUUCAAGAGUUUUUAGGUUGUCAAGAAGCCUUGUUAAUUCACAGGAACUGAAGAACUGCUUAGCCACAUUGAAAUUGUUUUUAAAAUAGAUUUAAAGAAAGAUCCUGUUUAUUUUUUAACCAAAUAUGAUAAAAUAGUUUGAAGCAGGUUUCUAAUAUUUGAAAAAUCCUCAGAAGUGGUUGUGCUUGAGAAAGAAAUCAAUUUGCUUGUAUACCAACAAGUGUUCUUUGAUUCAAAUCUUGAAAAUAUCAUAUCUAAUAGAGAUGGGAGUGAGAGUCACUUAUUGAUGAUGUUGAGAUUUUUAUAAAUUAGGCUAAUGCAAAUUUCUCUUCAUUUAAAAGGUAAUAGACAAAUGGUUGAUGAUGACUAUUGUAUUUCAUUUAUAAUGCUCACAUCUCCAUAAAGGGUGGUCAAACGCUCAAUAAGACAGCAGCAACACACAAAAAAAGCUAACAACAGGUAAAUGUUUUUUGCUGUGUAAACGAUCAACAUGGUGAUUAUGGUGAUUUCAUGUAUGUGUUGAUUAUACAGCUUGCUGGCAAGCUCUAAUUAGGUUGUCGUAAAUGAAAACACUGAAUCAGAAAAAUUAGGCUGCUUAUUUGUAAAACUUGAUUUUUUGUAACCCCUGUUACAACCAAGCUAGGAGUGAGUCUUUACAUUUUCAAGUGAAAUGUCUUGAAUGAACUGAUUUAUGAACCAUUGGACCAAUUGAGUCAAUUUUGUUUGUUUAGCGAGAAUACAUUUCAAAGCUUUACUCAUCCUUGUCCCUUAGCUCCAGGACCUUCUUCUAGUCAAACAUAUAUUAGCCAAACAUUGAGUUUACUAGCUAGCUUACGACAUUCUCAUCAGCCUUAAUAGUUCUUUGUAUUUAGUGCUAAUUAGCUACAUUUUAGCAUGCUAACAAUCGUAUAGAGAAAACAUUACACAUUGUGUACAUUGUACCGCAACAUGUUAGCAUUGACACUUAAAGCGUUGUAGCAUUGAUGUUGACGUUUAACUUGACACACCAACAAAGUACAGUCUUAACCGAGCCACAAGUGUGGCUGUAGAGUCUUAGUGACAAUAAUAUCUUAAAAUGUUCAAAAUAUUUUGUUCAUCAUCCCACAAAACACGAGUAACUCUCACAAAUAUGUGAUGGAAGCAGGUCUGCUUUUUAUUAUCGUUAGCUUUUGUACAUGCAAGCAUGUGGCAAGAAGUCAGUGUGAGAACAGCUGCGAAAGAUCUGAUUAGAAAGACACAAUCUGGUUCUGUGUUUACAGUCUGACAACAUGCCUGUGAAAUAAGGUGUUGCAUCUCAGUGGCUCAUGAGAGCAAUAUAUUCUGAUUUUUAAAAAAGAUUAUUUGGGGUAUUUGAUGACUCGAUCCAGAUAGACCAGUGGAUAGUGUAGGAAAUAGGGAUGAGAGAGAGGGAUGACAUGUGGCUGCCGGCUUCUUUGACUGUAGCCUUUGUACAUAGAGCACCUGAUUGAACCGCAGAGCCACACCUGCACCCUGCUAAAAUCCAAAAUGAUGAAGAUUAAUGAGAUAUCAUAAUAUAAUCAUGUUUGUCUGGGUAAGUUGGAGAACCUCACAGUAAAGUGUUAAUGUUUUCACGUAAGGUUGUUUAAGACCACAAUUAUUUUUCAAAACUUGCAGUGUAUUAACAUUAAAGUCCUUUAAGACAGGAACAAGGGUCUAGAAACAGUGAGCAUUGCUAGGAAACGAAUAUGAGCCAUCAGCAACUCAUGUGUAUUUUUAUUCCUUCAAUAUUUUUAUUACAGUUUUAUCUCUAUGUCCAACCAGUGGUAGCUGUACAAUUGCUGUUUUAUCACCAAAUCAAGUCCAGGUCACUCUGGGUUUAAAAUCUUUACACAGUAAGUGAUCACUUUGCCUUGUUUGUAUCGGUUAACUUGCUGCUUUCGCCUUUACAAAGGCUUCAGAUGUGUUGUGCUGUAGCUGACUAUCACCGCUGACGUCUGCCUGUCACUCAUGCCUGCAUUAAAAAAAAAAACAGAACAAGUGUAAGCAGUGUUUAAAGAGUGUUUUCCAGUGAAUGCAGCACAGACAGACUGCCAUGUCAUUAGACUGAUUGUAGCACAAUAGUGUUUAACUUGUGUUCGAUCGUAGACAGAUUGAUGCCUUUCUUUGUGACACCAUUGAAGUAUUUUUUUUUUUCAUUUUUCCUCAUAUUUGAAAUCAGCUCUUCCCCUGCUUCACAUUAACGGAGCAUUCCUUCAAAACUGGUUUCCCACUGAGCAGCCUUGGUGGAGCAGGUGAGAGGGUUUAGUGCCUUGGCUAGGUGUUAGGCGGGAUGCUAAGUGAGAAGAAAGAGAUGACGCCCACCUUCCCUUCUUUGUGGCACGAGUUUUAGAUCAACUUUGCAGUCAAAGCUUGCGGUUAACAUGUUAGUCAGACUUUAUACAAUAUGUUUAAGUGAGUGACACCAAAUGUAAAAAGAGGAACUUGAAAUGUCACCUUUUGGCAUUUUUUGACACUUCAUCGCUUGUUUUGGUAUCCAAGGCUGGUGCAGAUCUCAGUGGUGUGCAUGUUUAAAGAGCAUAUCAGACAACCCAAAUGUACAAACUUGUGUCCUCUUUAGAAAUGAUCUUGGCUUUUCAAAUGCCUUGUAUUUCCGUGCCUCAGGGUUGGAAUUGCAUUGAGGUGCCCAGACACCAACACUUGACUUUAACUUGUGAUUUUUAUUGAAGCUCAGGGUGAAAAACUAACUGACAAACUGGCAUACUCUGUCCUGUUACCACUGGUGACCUAGUCUUACAACACUUAACAACCAGAGCCGAUAGAGCUAGUAGAACAGAUUCCUGUUGUGUAUAUUGAGUAAAAACGUGUGCUUGCAAAUGCGCUGCAGAGAAACUUUUGCAAAACUGGAGAAAACAAAGGGUAGAUGUUCAAAAAUGCAACCAAAAGCGUCUUGGAUUAUUUAAUCUGCUCAGUCCUGAUUUACCUGAACUACGUAUAAAACUUUAGUCACAUUUUAAUAAAACUUACCCUUGGCUUGGUCUCUUCAAAUGCAUUUAUGAAGUUAGACAGAGGUGUCAUGUGUUAUUGUGGAUGAAAGACAGUGUGUGGAGAAGUGCCAAACAGUGUAAGCAGGACAAUCUGACAGUGUAUAAGCCGACCUUUGAGUGUAUCUUGGUUCUGAAACUGAUUCUUUCUCUGCCUGGUUCUGUUCUUUAGUUGAUGCCACCAUGUUUGUCUGAACCAAUUCUUGUAUGUCAGCGUUAAUAAAUAAACAUGAAAUAUGUGGAAAAAAAAUAAAGAAGCAUUACUGAA